GCUACAGACAGAGUGUGGAGGGGCCCGUGAAUGCAGCACUAGUGCAGAUCAGUGUUGUGUGCGCGGAGCUGCGUGUGUGUGUACGUGUGUGUGUGUGUCUGCGUGUGUUUGCUGCUGGCUCCCCUCUGUCCUCCAUUACAGCUCGGAUCCAUCCCCGCUGUACGGCGCAGGCCCGAAGUAGCGCAGCCGCUCUGAGUCAUUGUACCGUCGAUCUAGCUGUGUAGACCGGGUGGCCAAUAAUGGACGAGCACGGCAUUCACCAGGCAGAACACAUGACAACCAUCGAGGCCAGCGCUGUCAGCCAACAGGUCCAUCAGGUACAUGUGACCACUUACACUGAAACUUCCAUGAUGAGUGCUGAGGAGGACUCGACGUCCUCGCCAGAUGACGAUCCAUACGAUGACACAGAUAUCCUCAAUUCGGCAGGCACCGAUGAGAUCACCGCACACCUAGCUGCUGCAGGGCCAGUAGGCAUGGCAGCCGCUGCUGCUGUGGCAACCGGCAAGAAAAGAAAGAGGCCUCACAUCUUUGAAUCCAACCCCUCCAUCCGCAAGAGGCAGCAGACCCGUCUGCUCAGGAAACUAAGAGCUACACUUGAUGAGUAUACCACCAGAGUGGGGCAGCAGGCCAUAGUGCUGUGUAUUUCUCCCUCCAAACCCAACCCAGUGUUCAAGGUGUUUGGCGCUGCUCCUCUGGAGAAUGUGGUGAGGAAGUAUAAGAGCAUGAUGUUGGAGGAUCUGGAGAACGCUCUGGCUGAACACGCCCCUGCAGGUGGAGAUCUGGCCUCAGAGCUGCCCCCCCUCACCAUAGACGGCAUCCCUGUGUCUGUGGAUAAGAUGACCCAGGCCCAGCUGCGAGCAUUCAUCCCAGAGAUGCUGAAGUACUCUACAGGCCGAGGGAAGCCUGGCUGGGGUAAAGAGAGCUGCAAGCCAGUGUGGUGGCCUGAAGACAUCCCCUGGGCCAACGUCCGCAGCGAUGUCCGUACAGAGGAGCAGAAACAGAGGGUUUCUUGGACGCAGGCGUUGCGAACCAUCGUGAAGAACUGCUACAAGCAGCACGGCCGUGAGGAUCUGUUGUAUGCGUUUGAAGACCAUCAGGUAACCACGGUUACCACCACCCAGCACCACCUGGCCACAGCACAAAGUAUCGCUCACCUUGUGCCCUCACAAACUGUGGUGCAGACCAUCAACAACCCCGAUGGAACAGUCUCGCUCAUUCAGGUUGGCACAGGACACACAGUUGCCACUCUGGCAGAUGCCUCGGAGCUGCCGGGUGUGACGGUGGCACAGGUUAACUACUCCACUGUGACAGAUGGAGAGGUGGAGCAGAAUUGGGCCACCCUCCAUAGCGGGGAGAUGACAAUCCAAACCACUCAAGCGUCAGAGGCCACGCAGGCAGUAGCGUCCCUGGCUGAAGCUGCUGUCGCCGCCAGUCAUGAGAUGCAGCCUGGUGCCACCGUCACGAUGGCUCUAAACAGUGAGGCAGCGGCUCACGCUGUAGCGACUUUGGCAGAGGCCACUCUACAAGGUGGAGGGCAGAUCGUCCUGGCAGAGACGGCAGCUGCUGUCGGGGCACUAGCUGGGGUUCAGGACGCCACAGGUUUGGUCCAGAUCCCAGUCAGCAUGUAUCAGACUGUAGUGACCAGCCUUGCACAGGGUAACCGGCCUGUCCAGGUUGCCAUGGCACCUGUUGCCACACGCAUAGACAACACUGUCACUCUGGACGGCCAGGCAGUAGAGGUUGUGACCCUGGAGCAGUGACACUUGGAACCCUGGAAGGAGCAGAAGGCACUGAUUGACCACCUUGGGGAUUUGUCUGUCCUACUGCCCGUUGUUAAUUAUGUAAAGACUUGAUUUUUCGGUGUAAUAUUUUUUCCCCCAUUUAGCUUCUUUUUUUUUUUUUUUAGCUCUGUGAUGUUGAGUAUUUAGUAUUUAUUUCUAUCAAUUAACCUUUACUUAAAACAAAGAUGAACCAAAAAGCCCGGAAGGAAAGCCACCACUGCUUCAGUGUGUUACCUAUCACUGUUACGGAUUUUCUACAUUGUCUCUGUGCUUGAAUGUUUUGUUUUAAGGUUGCAUUUACAAUUCAGUGAAGUCAAGCAACCACUGCUUCCCACAUCCUUUAUCACUGCUAACUUUCACUCUUUCCAACUCGGUUCCCUUAAACCUCUGAGCUGCAGACACUCCCCCGACGUUUUCCUCACAUUAGAUGGUAAAUUAUGUUGAAACACCAUAUUGUCAUAUGCUUUUCCCCUGUGCUGUUUUUACUGUGGUCCAUGCACAUUCUAAGAUUUGUGAAGACUCAGGAUACACAUCAAGUUUUUUUUCUUUUUCUGCUGAGCUGACUUCUCGCAGCAGCCAUUUUGACAACCCAAUCCAUUUAUUGUCAGUGCAUGGAUAGGAUCAUCCCUUUGAAUGUUAUUUUUUUAACAUGAACUUCUUUGUAUGUCACUUAGGACUCGGUGGUCAACAUCACUUUGUAUAUGACAGGAAGUUGGUUAUACUUGGACAGGAAAUGCAGUCUUUGAAAUGCAAAUAUCAAAAAUCUUGCAACAAAAAAAUUGCUUGCAAAGAAUCUGCUUAUUUUGAUGCAGCUGUGACAAUUGGUUCCACUCUCACCAAACAUGUGUAUUUAAAGAAAUAAAGUCCAAUUGACUGACUGCUGUUUACCACUCA